AUGGGCGGCGAGCCCUGCGGCCACGCGCUGAUGGCCUCCUGCCCGCCGGCGCCCUUCCCGGAGCUGACGCCGGACAUCCCGUUCGGGUACAGCAACGUCAACGGGGACCUGGACUCCCAGCAGAGGACGUGGGAAGUCAGCAAGGGCAGCCUCUCGGCCCUGCUCGACCUCAGCAAGAAGCUGAACCUCGACGGCGAGGUCACGCCCGUUAUGGCCUGGGGCAUGGUCCUGGGCCACCCCAGAGCCCACGAGCUGCGGGCCGAGGACUUCCAAAAGCUCACCGACGAGCUCAAGGACAAGGUCCGAUGCUACGGCUUUGGCGCCGUCAUGGAGGAGUUCGAGGUCAGGGAUGCCUUGGAGAACGUCUUCUGCUCCGGGCCUGAGAUGAUGUCUUACACCUACUAA